UAUUUGAAACAAUUUUUGAUGUUGAAUAUCUCUUGAUAAAAAUUGAUACUGAAGUGAUUGAGUUGUGGAAAUAUAUUAUUGAACGUAAUGAACUGAAUGAUGAGAAUGAGCAGUACAAGGAAGAAAAAGAAGUACAGAAUAGCCUACAAUAUAGUAAAUAUGCUUCCACUAAUAAAAAGUU